AUGACUAUGCUGCUAGACGACCUGAGUGGAAGACCGUCUAGCGAUGAUGAAGAUCGAGAUCCUCAUAAAGUCCAUUUCAACCCGCCAGUGUUCACAUUAUGGAAGGGACGCUUUGUAAUUAGAUUAUCCUUCAUACGUUACGUGACAUUCACCAUAAUAGGGAUCUCCCUUUUAUGGCCCUGGAACGCCUUCUUAUCUGCUUCUGCUUAUUAUGGUGAACGGUUUGCCAACUCGCCAAAGUUAGUCAAGGUUUAUUCGUCAACCAUGAUGUCUGUUUCCACUGUGACCUCGACCUUGUACAACUACUACUUGUCUCAAUCUCAAACAGGAGUCAGUUAUAACCAUAGAUUGAACUUGGGUUUGGGGAUUACUAUUGCCAUUUUUGUUAUUAUGGCCAUCCUGAGUAUAUCUGAAACCUUUAUAAGUAUGGGAGACGAGUCGUUUUUCACCAUGUUGAUGCUUAUGGUGUUUGUGUCUUCCUUGGCUACUUGUUUGGCUCAGAAUGGGACUAUGGCUAUAGUCAACGUGUUGGGUGGUGUAUUUGCCAAUGGGGUUAUGGUUGGCCAAGCUAUAGCAGGUGUUUUACCGAGUAUUGCCUUGAUCUUAUCGAUUCUAUUGGUUGAACAUGCCAACCUCAAAAAAGGUGAUGGUGAUGAUGAUCCCCAAUAUCAGCCUGUUGAAAAGAAUUAUGGGGUAUUCAUCUAUUAUAUUACCGCCAGUAUAAUUGCCACCAUUUCCAUGCUUCUAUUCUACUGCAUCAAUUACUUUGAGCUGGAAACGAACUACAGUGCUCUCCAUAUCAAUGAUGAUGAUACAGAAGCAGUUGCAGCCAGCAAUCUCUAUAUGGAAACAGAAAUAGAAGACGGAGCAGAAGAAGAAAUUGUUCAGAAGGCUCAUGUCCCCUUUGGAUUGUUAUGGAGCAAAUUAAAGUUGAUUGUUAUGACCAUCUUUUUUACGUUCAGUAUAACAUUAAUCUUCCCCGUAUUUGCGUCUACGGUGACUUCUAUCCACAAGGAUGAAUCCAAGCACGUUUUCUUCCAAAAUAGUAUUUACAUCCCUUUCAUUUAUUUGAUUUGGAAUUUAGGUGAUUUGACCGGAAGAAUCUUGUGUGGCUACAGGUUUUUCAUUAUCACCAACCCCAGACUUUUGAUUUUUUAUUCCCUUUGCAGAAUCUUGUUUGUGCCGUUAUUCUUAACCUGCAACAUCAAUGGCAACGGAGCGGUGAUGAAAUCUGAUUUUUGGUAUAUUUUCUUACAGUUGGUGUUUGGAGUCUCCAAUGGUCAGCUUUGUACAUCAUCUUUUAUGAUUAUCCGAGACUAUUGUGAUACUGAUGACGAGAAGGAAGCUGCUGGAGGAUUCUCAACCGUGUUUCUAAGUGUUGGGUUGGCUGUUGGUAGUCUUUUCAGUUACUUAUUAGUUGCAGCCAUUAGUUAA